GGAAAUGCCCCUUUAAAAGGCGGGGACAGGGAUACGGGGCGUGGCGGUGCCCAUUGAAGGGACCGCGACCACACCCAGCCAAGGGGCGUGUCCAUGCCCGCCGAAGGGGCGUGGUCACGCCAGUCGUGACUGCCACACCCCUUUAGGGGCGGGCGAAGCGACGCCCUCUCGUGAGGCCCCUCCCCGGAAGUGGGCGUGGCCGGCGCGGCGGCGGGUGGAAAGCGGAAGUACGACCGUGAGGGGACCUGGGGGGGGGCGGCGGCGGCGACCCCCCCCCCACCGCCGGUACCGGCGCGCCCCGGCAGGACCGGGAUGGCCGUGACUUAACCCCGGGAUGGAGCAGCCCCGGCCCCGGGACGCGGCCGAAGGAGUCUCCAGCGCUGCUUGGAACGGGACCUGCGGCCGCGCCGGGACCGCCCCCGGCCCGGGGGACGACGAGGAGGACGGAGGGGGCAGCGGCGACCCCGGGACUCCCUGCGGCUGCCGGGGACCCCUGGCCCCCACGCCGAGCCCCGCGGGGGAGCCCCGGGCCGGGGCCUGCGGGCUCGGCUGCCGCCACCGGGGAGCCCCCGACGGUGACGGGAGGGCCCGGAGGGCCCGGAGGUGGCCGAGGCAUCGCGGAGCCCCCCGGGAGAACGAGGAGGAGGAAGAGGAGGAGGGUGGAGGGCUGCGGGGCUGGGGCCGGGGGUCACUGCGGGCGGCCCGGGCGGGAGCCGGGCUGUGCCUGAGGCUGCUCGGGGCGCUCCUGGCGCUGCUGCUCCUCCUCUUCCUCCUCCUCCUCGGGGGGCUUCGGCUCUGCUGGCGUGGCCUCACCGCCGGAGCCCGCCGGGCUCGGGAGCUCCUGGGGGACCCCCGGCAGUGGCUGCGGGGCCGGAGGAGCCCCCCGGGCAUCCCCACAGCGGGGGAGGAGGAGCUGGGGCGGCUGCUGGCCCUGGCCGAGGUGCCCGAGGAGGAGCUGAACCCCUUCCAGGUGCUGGGGGUGGAGCCCUCGGCAGCCGACGCCGAGCUCAGAAAGGCCUAUCGACGCCUGGCCGUGCUGGUGCACCCUGACAAGAGCCCCCACCCGCGGGCAGAGGAGGCCUUCAAGGUGCUGCAGGCGGGCUGGGACCGGGUGAGCAGUCCCGAGCGGCGCCGGGACUACGAGACGAAGAGGCUGGCACAGAGCGAGCUGGCACGGUCCGUGGGAGCCUUCCUGAGCCGGCUGCAGGAGGACCUGAGGGAGGCCAUGAACGCCAUGGCCUGCAGCCGCUGCGGGGGCCGCCACAGGCGGUUUGAGCUGGACAGGGACCCGCAGCGUGCCCGGUACUGCGCUGAGUGCGGGGGGCUGCACCCGGCCGAGGAGGGCGACCUGUGGGCAGAGUCCCACCUGCUGGGGCUCAGGAUCACCUACAUGGCCCGCAUGGACGGCAGGGUCUAUGACAUCACCGAGUGGGCUGGGUGCCAGCGUGUGGGCAUCUCCCCGGACACGCACCGCGUCCCCUACCACCUGUCCUUCGGCGCCAGGGCCCCCCCGCCCGGGAGGCAGCGGACCACCCCCAAGGGCAGCCCCCCCACCCCCUCGGAGCUGCAGGAUUUCCUCGCCCGCAUCUUUCAGACCCCGGCAGCCCCUGGGGGGCCCUUCCCGCCGCCCCCACCCCCGGGGGCAGCCCCGCCUGGAGGCCCCCCCAGACCCGAGGGGGUCCCCCCCAGGGGGGACACGAAGCACAAGAGGAGGAAGAAGGUGCGGCGGCCGCUCCCGCGCUGAGGGGCCCCAGGCCCCGCCAAAGGGCUUCUUUGAAUAAAAAAAUCUAUUUUUCUUUUUUUUUUUUUUUUUAAGAAAA